AUGCCUACAACAGCUGCAUACUUGACUUUCAGCGACGGGGUGACCACUGUUGUCAUGGAGAAAGACUACAGAAGUGCCGUUGUACGGUCUUCAUCAUCCUUCAUCGCCGUCACAAACCACGACCAGCAGCCAGAUUCUGCGUCUCCGGAGACCGUUGCAGACCAAAGAAGACGGCGCACAGGCCUCGGGGUCAUGUCAUCAGAGGUUCAAACUGUUGCCGAUCUGAUAGAAGAGAGUACUGAACGACUGGGCUGCAUGCAGGCCAAAUGGGACCGCAAGGUUCGCCAGGCCACGCGCGCUAAGAAGCCAGAAAAUAGUACCAUGGAUGGAACAGGGAGCCGCUUCGAUCCUGCAGGAAGAACUCGUGCAUCUGUCAGGUUAAGGCGAAAGAUUGAUCAGGCGGAAGGAGCGCAGGAAUCUCAACGAUCAGAAGAUGAAGCAGAUGGCAUUUUCGCUAAACAGAGCGAGGUGAUCCAGUGGCUGUCGGAGUAUCCUGUGUUGAACGAAACGACGCAUUAUGCUGCGAUCAUGGAUCCGUCAGAAGGCAAGGUUGCAUGGGUUCGUCGGUACCUGGAGCCACUUUUUAUGGACGAAAUUUGA